AUGUCUGAGAAGUCGAAAACCUCCGACACUUCAAAUGAAGCAAAUUUUCCGAUCCUUCCAGAAAGCUCUGAACCCAUUCCAUUGACUGGUUCUAAGGAUUCUCAACGUCCAAAAGACAAAAGGAGCGAAAUGAAACCUCUUUCGAUUGACGUAGAUAACAUAGAAGCUUGGUUUGGCUCGAGUCCGGAAAGUGUUAGCACUCUCGUUGGAUCAUUGACACCACAAGGUUUCAGUCCAGACCACCAAGAACAAGGUGAAUCGGAGACGACAAAAAAGCUUGAGGAAACAAAGAUUGAUCCGGAAAAGACGCCUCAGAAACCCAAAUCCCCCACUAAAUGA